AUGAGAGCUACUCAAAUUUUAGCUUUCCAACAAUCACCAGUUGCUGCUUUAGUCAGACCAUGGAAAAAAUUUAGAGAUGGUACUUUAUUUUAUGGUUUAACCAAAACAGGUUCAAGAAGACAUCCAUUAACUACUAAAAAGGGUAAUAAGAAUUUUUAUAAAGGUACAAGAUCUUCAGGUAUUGGUAGAUUAACCACUAAAGCUCGUUAUGUUAUAAAUUGGGAUAAAGUUAGAACUUUUGUUGUUCCAAAAGAAUAUAAUUUUGAUUUAAAACCUUUAGUAUCGCCAAAUGCUCCACAAAUUCAAAAUCAUUAUGAAGGUUUCCAAAAAGGUCCAUUAGAUCCUCAAUUAUUUUAUAAAAAAUUAAGAGAAUAUGUUUUCUAUGGUAAAGUGGAGACUCAAGAAUCACAAUUAAAAGAAGGUUAUUUAGAAAGAGGUUAA